AUGUUCCCCAAUCGACAUCCAAUUCAACCGCCUGCUAUCCCCUCCGCUCCCUCUGCCACAGAAAGUCCUCAAUCAACUCAACUUACCUACGCCUCGGCGGAUUCUUCGAGGUCGAUGCAUAAUCUGGUCGACGCAGCCAACCCCCACGCUGCAGAAUCGGCGCACCAUCACCACCCGCCUAAUGCACAUAAUCUGAGGCCUUCUCACUACAAACUUCCAGAACAACACCCUCGCCACGUGGAGAACGGGCGGACAUAUCAUGGCUACCGAAGAGGAGUGUAUAUGCUGCCGUGCGACGACGAGGAACAAGAUCGCCUCGAUUUGUUCCACAAAGUCAUCACUGAAGCUCGCGUGGGCGACGGCUUGAUAUACGCCCCCCACCCUCCGAAUGCGCGCGUGCUGGAUCUAGGCUGUGGCACAGGAAUCUGGGCCAUCGACGUUGCCCACCGAUAUCCCGACGCCUUCGUGGCUGGAAUGGACCUCGCCGAUAUCCAGCCGGAAAACUGCCCGAAAAACUGCGAUUUCUACGCCCCGCGCGACUUUGAGUUUCCCUGGGCGCUGGGCGAGGACUAUUGGGACUUGAUCCAUAUGCAAAUGGGCUGUGGUAGUGUGAGCAGCUGGCCAUCCCUGUAUCGCCGGAUCUUCUCUCAUCUGCGGCCUGGCGGGUGGUUCGAGCAGGUGGAAAUCGACUUUGAGCCGCGAUGCGAAGAGCGCUCGUUGGAGAACACCUCCAUGCAUAAAUGGUACCAGUACCUGAAACAGGCGACCGAGAUGUCGGCGAGGCCCAUUGCGCAUAGUGUCAGCCAGACCAUGGCCGCGCUGGAAAAACAGGGGUUCGUGAACAUUGACCACCAGAUUGUCGGUCUCCCUUUGAAUCCGUGGCACCACGACGAGCACGAGAAGAAAGUGGGAAGAUGGUAUAAUCUCGCUAUUUCGGAGAGUGUUGAAACUCUCAUCCUGGCGCCUUUGUACCGGGUAUGGGGUUUUUCACACGAACAGAUUCAACAAUUGGCCUUGGACGUGAAGAGGGAAGCUUAUAAUAAGGACAUCCGCGCCUACAAUAUACUGCACAUUUACCAAGCGAGGAAACCUGACAAGCCGGCUGGAAAUUGA